AUGUCGGACAACUAUGUCCUUGUCGACCCGCUGUCGGUGAAACCCAUAGAUUGCUGGAAGAAAUAUGUGAAGCAGGGACGUGUAUGUGAGCCGUUGAAGCCAAUGAGACUUGACACGCCGAUAUUUGAGAAUAAAGUUCGAUUCGUUUGUAUUUCGGAUACACAUGAGAAGUUGCAUGAGAUUCUACCAUACAUUCCUGACGGCGACGUUCUUAUUCAUUCGGGUGACUUUACAAACUGUGGAGACAUCGGCGAGGUGAUCAAGUUUAAUGCGGAAAUUGGAACUCUACCACACAAACAUAAAAUCGUAAUUGCUGGAAAUCAUGAAUUGGGGUUCGAGGACGGCGAAGAGAUGAGUGAACGUCAGUUGGCCGGUCUCAACAUGCUUGGCAUCAACAAGGCCUAUGAAUUACUCUCCAAUUGUACAUAUCUCUGCGACAAAGGCUACGAAGCGUUCGGUCUGAAAAUAUACGGAGCCCCGUGGCACUCGAUGCCGGGUUACUCAUUCUACCGCCCUAGAGGGCAGAAAAUUUUACACAAAUGGAAUCAGAUACCGGCAAAAGUUGAUGUUUUGAUGACUCACACACCGCCACUUGGACACGGAGACUUCAAUGCUUGGGAUAAAAUGGACGGGAUUCUUUGUGGAUGUGCAGAACUUUUGAAUACGGUCGAGCAGAGGGUUAAGCCAAAAUAUCAUGUAUUUGGACAUGUUCAUCAGAAGCACGGUGUGACCACAAACGGAGAGACAACAUUUAUCAACGCGGCGUUGUGUGACCACAAACUACGAAGCGCCUACGAUCCAAUCAUCUUCGACAUCCCAUUGCCACCGGGAAAGACUAAAGAAUAA